AGGAACGAAGAGCAGUACAGAUUUAGGGCUCGGAGCACUCUCUGUUCCAUCGCAAGCUUUCGUUGAAGCGGGGCAUUCGCGAUUGAGCUCGCUCGUUGUCGUUUGCUCUCUUACAAAUUGCUCAUUAUGGUAUCUCAAUGAAGGCGCGUGUCUUCUUCUUCUUCGUCUUCGUCUUCUACUACUACUCUCCAAUUGAGCCAAUGCGUUGGAGCUUGAAUUCAUUCGGGAGCGGGUUGAUUAUGACCUGAUUGCAAGUCUGGUGAGCCUGGCGACGAGGAUUGAAUUCGUGGUCGACUGAGCUACCGGAUUUGAAACAUGAAAUGCCAAGUGCCUCUACUCUGUACAGCGGGUUCAAGCAAUGAUCGCAUCAGUUCUUUAGGUCUCUACAUUCUUGUCGAAGCUAGAGCCAUGCACAGCAAUCCAAGUCUUUAGCUGCAGCGUGGGAAUGUUAGAAAUUCUUUUGUGACGAGGUUCGUGUAAAUUUGGACGAAUUUUAUGCCUCGCACUGCACUUGUGAGAGGCAAACACUUUGAGACCUUACCUGACAUGCAUCCGCAACACGCUCACAGCAGCCAUGUGCCUUCAGAAUUUUCCUUGUCAAGAAGUGGAGCGACACAACAAACCCGAAGUUGAAUUCAAGACAUGUAAAGAGCUUCUUUUGAACCCAAUUCUCAUAUGCAGAAAUGAGUCCGAAAAAUGUUUGAUAGAGUCAUCUAUAAACUCUCUACGCAUCAGUAUCAAGGUGAAGCAAGCUGAUGAGUUGGAGAACAUUCUAGCCAAAAAGUUUUUGCGGUUCCUGUCAAUGAGAGCGGAAUCAUUUCAAGUUCUUCGGAGAAAACCUGUUCAGGGCUAUGAUAUUAGUUUCUUAAUCACGAACUUUCAUUGUGAAGAGAUGUUUAAACACAGACUUAUCGACUUUGUGGUGGCCUUCAUGGAGGGCAUUGACAAAGAAAUUAGCGAACUCAAACUGUCGGUGAACACACGAGGUCGUUUGGUGGCAACAGAGUUCUUAAGGCAAUUCACAUAGUUUGUCACCCUCCCGAUUUGUAGGUCAAUUUCCCACUAAUUGUACUUACGGCAUUUAUCAGUCAUAGCAUUGGUCGUAUUUCAGCUCUGAUUGCCUUAGCGAAGUGACGCAUGAUAGGAGCAUCAGAUGUUUGGGUACUAGAUUGAUACUCCUACAGUCAGUUUCGACCUAGGGAAUAUUGUAAAGAUUCUUUUUAGAAUCUUAUGCUUCUUAAUUAAGCUGGGCCUGAAGGAUUUUCAUAUGAUAGAAGAAUUGAAAAUUUUCUUGUAUUAGAAAAUAGAUUUGUUUGUAGGUCAAGUAGUCUCUCUGUGAACAGUGGUCGAGCGGGGCAGGACUACGUACCUGAUUCGGAGUGUCUGGUUAUGUAGAAUUUUCGGGACAUGCUUUAAAUAAAGUAAAAGCUCUCUGCCACUAUCCUACUCGGAUAUGUUGCCUCCAAUUA